AUGCCAGCCAAACCUGUUCUCUCCUGGUCUAAACGCCACAGUGGCGUUGACCCUUCUUCUCGGACGGGACUACUCGAUACGCUGAAACGGCGGCCAUCGAAGCUUGUAACCACGACAGCAGACGGCAAGCAAAAUGGAUCCAGUACAAGCGUUGCUCAGUACGAUACAGCACUGGCCAGCGCAGUCAAUAAUCUCCAUGUCGCAGUCAAUGACAUGUUGCAUUCACCAGAAUCGAUAAAUACGCUAUGCUCAAAAUACUCUUUUGUGGACAAACCCCUUCCAAGUAGGCCACGGUCUGCAUCGGUGCCAUCAUUGGUAGAGUUGCCCGCUGAGUUGCCGGAAUCAACCCCUUUACAGGGUCAAGGCUAUCCGUUGUAUCAUGAUCCUAUUCGCACGACAAGAUCGGUCCAGGACUUUCAGAAUGAGAGCCAUCGCCCGAAAAUGCAACCGGCCUGUGAGAAGGUCGCUACUUUGGAUGUACCAAAGCCGGCUAUACCAACAUUGACUCACGCCAGAAGCGUCCCGCAUCUGAAUUCCCGAUACAGUUUGACAAAGACGACCCGCCCCAGCAAAAUCCCUGUUCCCAGUACAGCAGCCACUCAGUCUGGUUUUCAAGGAUUACAGCGAAAUCACUCCCUAGUCGACACUACCUUGCAGAGACUUCCAGAGUCUAGUGUGAUGAAGUCACUUCCUAUCGUCACUAAGAACGACCUUGUCGAAAGAGACGGUAGAAAUUCCGAUCAAGGAGUUGAAAAGCGUCACGGCUAUAUAGAAGUGACGUCUUCUCAAACUAGCCCAACAUCAGCACACAGCAAACAUGCCCAUGAGCUAGAGUCGACUAACGCUAGUCAACUUCAAACCAUAGCAAUGUUGCAAGCCCAGUUUGACAACCUAAGGGCCGCACAUGAGUCCCAUGUGGAGACGCUCAAACGUUCACAUUCGGUGCAAGUCGCUUCUCUGGAGAACCAAGCACGACUGCUCAAGGAACGAAUGAACGAGGAAGGCCUUCAGCGAAGGUCAAGCGGUGACUGGCUACAUGUCCCAGUCGAUGAGGGAGUCAAGAAGCCGACGAACUUCGAAUCUCUAGACCUAGACACCUCUUUUGAUGAGAUAUUGACGGGCAAGGCACAUUCAGAUACAUUUCCACUAAAUGCCCGUGAAAUGGAAAAUUUGAAGCGCAAGCUUUUUGCCUCUCCUCGCCUAGAAACAGCAACCCAGAACCUACAUUUAGAACUUAGCUUAUACGCACGAGACAAUGCUGCACUCCAGAAAGAGGUUGAUUCACUAACGGCAAAGUUGAAUGAGUCGAACGAGAGCGAGCGAAAGCUGAGGAGUACGCUGGGCCUGAUGGAAACAAAAAGUGUUAAGUGGGAAGAGAAAGCAAAGCACGCCAACAAGCUCAUUGACAAGCUCACUGAGAAAAUCCAUGCUCUAAAAAACACCACUGCCGAUCUCGAGGCCCGCCUUGAAAUUGCCAAUACCAAACGAUUGGAUGCUGAAGAACAGCUCUCGAAUUGGAGGGAUAAGAAGUCGCCGUUCGACCUCACUCCCGCCAAGCUACGUAUCUCAUCGGAUACGAGUCGGGCAGCUUCAGGUACCCAAACUAGUACAGAUACCCAGACAUCUAGUGAACUAGCCAAGAAUUCAGAAGCAGUCGACUCGGGAAACCCCACGCCGGAUGCAUCUACCUCGAAAACUGAGCAGCUACAAGCCCAGGUUGCUGAGAAGAAUGCAUACGUAGCUGAACUGGAAGUGAAACGAGAAGAGCUACAACGAAAACUCAACCAACUUGAGCAAGAGCACAAGAGAGUGGCUGUCCAAUCGGAUCUUCAAUACGAGCUUCUGAAAGAAACUCGCACAAGCGACAAGCUGAUCGAACAGCUCCGGAACGCGGUCAUUAACCGUGAAUCCACAAUCAUGGAAAACGAAGAGGCGAUCCACACAUUGACGAGGCAGCUCGAGUACCACAAGGUCUUGCUGCAAGCAGAAAUCCGACAACAUACAGCGAUGAAGCUUUUUGUUGCCGAGGAAGAACAGCCUCUGCCAGAGCUUAGGUCGUUGGCCAAGGGAGCAGAUAUUGAUUGUUGGAUCGAGAAGCUUCAUGAGCAUUUGAAGAGAGAGAAGCUUAAUAACGAGGGCGAAACUGUCGCUGACACGCCCGAAGCUAAGAUCGAAAGGCUGCGUCGCGAGAUUGACUUUUAUGUGCGCGAAAUCAUCCUGUUCAAGCUUGAUAUCAAGGGGUACAGGAGCGACAUUCGAAAAUUGAAGGAGAUGGCUGCGAACAAGGGUAGCUCCGAAGAAUCGGGUGAUAAUAGAGAGAAGGCUUCCGCAACCUCACCAGUCCGAUCUACUUUUGCACCCGUCACACCCGAGCUAGAUGCCUUUCUCAACGCUUCGUCAAUUAGGGACCACACCGAUAUCUUGUCGAAAUCUGAAGAGCUUUCUGUUACUCCGUCAACACCAGGUCCUUCUCACAAAAGCUGGACUGGAGAGGAUAAUGAGCAUUUAUUUGGGCUGGAGAUACCCAAGGCUUCUCAGAGUUGGAAACAUAACAGCUUCUUUGCAACCGAGUCUGUUCGUAUUGACUCGGCUUUCUCACCUUCUCCGAACCCAAAUCUGACUUCACAGCACUCUACACCUUCGUGUGUUUUGAGCGAAUCUCUUGAACUUGGCCAGCAGCCUGAUACACUCAAUGAGCCCACAGAAAAAGGACGGACAACAUCAACGGCCGAACGGGAAGCAGCGUCUUACAGACAAUUCAUAUUCAUGUCAGAUGCCCCUGAGUCACCUCCAAGUAUGCCAGUUGAUAUGCCUCAACUGCCAGACGAUUCCGACUUGAGCGAACAGGUAGCGGAAAUCCCGUUCAGCCCUUGCGACGAGGCGACGGUGCUUCUACCACCACAAUCACCUACAACAUCAGUCUCUGAAACAGAUUCAGUAAUUUCGACUGCGAGUGAUUUCCUUUCGUAUACUGUGCUUCCAACCGAACGCAAGCCAAGUAAUGCUUCAACACCAAGCGUGCCUUUCCAGGUAGCUGUAGAGCCGCCGCCAGCACCAGUACUUGUCACGCCAGCUGUUGCCACUCAUACCCUGGGCUGCUCAAUCACCCGCGGUGCACCAUUCGAUGUCAAACUACCUGCUUCCAAAUCCGAGAUUGAUGAGACUACGGCGCCACCCACUCUCGCGGAUGCACCAGUCCCACAAACCAAGAUAUGGCAAGAAGAAAUGCCUGAAACAACCGAAUCAUCUUCGAGUUCUCCUACUGUGUUCGCAGGAGAAGAAGAGCAAUCCAUGAGUCUCCCUACCAUUAUGUCUCGCUUACGCGGAAGUAUAAGCAGCGUCUACUCGGCGGACAGUGUGUCGAAGCCCAGCGAACAACAAGACACCGAGAUAUCCGAGAGCAACGUCCUUAAUAUGUUGAAAGCACUGCAGAGCUGCCCGUUUAGCCUCAAACCAAAAUCAUCGUCUUCGUCAUUAAGAAGCUUUGCAUGA